AUGAAAAUAAACAAGAGGAUCCAUACUGAGUGCUUGCUCAACAAUAUAGUUGACCAACAUUUCCAAGCUAUGAUGUUUCCGUUGAACCUUGUUCAGUCUUGCUUUUUAAUGCCUAGGUUCAGCAUCAUUAACAAUUUCAUCACUCCUGACAACCACGUGUCCUUUUAUAUACAGUCCAUAAUCGGUUGUACUAUACAAACAAUGUUUCUUGGAAUGUUCGUCGUUAUUUUGAAUUUGAAGAACUUUCUGUUAUUGGUAACUUUAAGCAUUGCCUGUGAAAAUUUCUAUACAACUAUAAAUCUUGCUGAAAGUUGCUGUGCUCAGAUAUUAAGUAAUGCUAUAUCUACAGGCAUGCGCAAGACUUGCAAGAACGUGUUGCGUUUGAACCUCGCGUCGCUGCGCAAGAUGUCGGCGUUCGGCGUGUUCGAAUUCGACGCAACGUUCCCCCUGCGGCUGUUCAGCGUAAUCGUGGUCCACACCGUCGUACUACUGCAGUUUGCCUUUUUAACGUAG